ACCUUCCGUUGAAAUUUCUUAGCAUCAUCAGCAGGAUUGUUAGUCCCUAGCAAUAGCAUAAAAAAUGCUCGUUGGUAUUUCUUACGUCACAGAUAAAUCCGCAACCGUACGAAAUACCAUUAUAGUAUUUUACCCAAAAGUAUUACAGGGUGUCAUAUUUAUAUUUUCGAAGGGAACAAGCGGCGGUUAUAGAAUAAGUAAGUUGGUAAUCAAUUUUUGGACGAAUAUUCAAUUGUAUAAAUGUGGGUAAGAUAAUAUAUGGAUAAUGAGCAAAGUUAUUCAAACUCAAACUUAUAAAAAGAUUUAGAGAGGAAAAAAAAGAAGGAAGAAAGCUACUCAAACUUAUAAAAAGAUUUAGAGAGGAAAAAAAUGGGAAGAAAGCUACUCAGAAUGUAUGUACUCGUAUGUAUAUACUCUUAUCUAGAUAUAGCUCGUACUAUAAUGGGCAAAUGCUUCCAACGGUACCGAUACAGGAGAUAGCGCCUGCCACUCUUAUCGUACUCCAACAAUAGCACGUCCUUGUUUCGCUCUCGUGACGCGCGAGCAUGCCGGGUCAAAGCUGAAGCAGUGCGCGCCCGCACAAUUCUGCAAUCCCUCCGAUCUCCUCGCCUUCCCUUGCCGUUCGUUCUCUACGUCGUCGAGGCCACGCCACACGCGACCGUGACACCCUCCCUCUUCGUCCUCGUCCUCGCCCCCGGCCUCCUCUCUGCAACGAUGCCGAACGACGCGCCGCCGCAGCCUAUCCACAGCGCCAAGGACGCCUUGGACGCCCUCGCGGGCAUCCUCGGGGGCGCGCUCCCGGCCCCCGUCGCCGCGGCCGAGGACCCCGCGGCCGCGCUCCUCAACGACCCCGACCUCGCGAGCGCCGUGACGGGGCGCCUCCGCGGGGCCGGGUCGGGCGCCGGGAACGACACCCUCUGCCGCUGGCUGUACGACGCGUUCCGGGCCAACGUCCCCGAGCUCCAGCUCGCGGUGCUGCGCUUCGUGCCCACGCUGGCGGGGGUGUACAUGUGCCGCGCCGUGUCGCGGAAGCCGCUGGCCGGGUUCGAGGCCGUGCUCCUCGCGCUGUACGCGCACGCCGCGGCGCAGCGCGGCGCCGGGCAGGCCGAGACCGUGUCGCUCCCGAACCUGGCGAACCCGAGCCCGUACCACGACGCCAAGGUGCCGCCCAAGGGCAAGCCCGCCGACUGCGACGUCGCGGUGCUCUCCCCGCCGCUGGAGCCGCACGGCACCAUGCGCGCCACGCGGCGCGCCCGCAUCGUCGGCGCGGUCCUGGAGCUCUACCACGGCAAGCUCGCGCACAUGCCGCUCUCCUCCAAGAUGGACUUCUGCGAGUUCUGCGUCGCCUGGGCGGGGACGCAGAGCAAGCUGGACGGCGCUGACAAGCCGCGCCUACCGGACGCCGCCGCCGCCGGCGGCGCGGAGAAAUGGCGGCGCGUGCCGCUGCCGUGGGAGCUCUUUCAGCCGGUGGUGCGGAUCGUCGCGCACUGCCUGCUGGGCCCGACGCGCUCCGACGAGCUCAAGGCGCAGGCCGCCCGCGCGGCGGAGUGCCUGUACUGGAGGGCCGCCGAGACGGUGGAUGCGCCCGCGUUGCUGGCCACCAGGAGCCUCGUGAGGCUGUCGCAGAUGGUGGAGGAGCCAAUCCCGGAGCCGUCUUUCCCCUCUGGCGCCAUCGAAAACAUGGCGGAGCUGGAAGCCAUGAAGGCCAACAUCCUUAGCACGAAGAACUGAUAACUGAUCGCGCACAGGGAGCACAUUGGUUUAGCAAGACGAACUGAGCCGCCGAUCUCGCACAGGGAACUCAUUGGUUUAGUAGGUUGGAUUGGUGAUCAGGGAUUCAGGUACUGCAACCACGGUUUUCGUGAUCUGGCAAAUAGCUAAUUUUCUGGUGAUCAUAUAGGAGAAUUUUCUUUAUGCUUCUCUGUUGUAUUGUUCAACUGAGAAUUUGGAUCGAGUAAAUAGUGUGUUCAUGA